AUGAGACACAAUAUGGGAACAAGUUUAUGCACUUUUUGAAAGCACCGGUUGUGAAGUUUGCUCACCACUUACUGGCAUUUCUCACAUUUAUUGCCUUUUUUGCGUACGAUUUAACAUUUGGUGAUCCGAAAUUCGCAUGGAACGAUGGAAUUAAAUUCGCCUUUGUUGUAUCAUUCAUUACUGAAGAAGUCAGACAAGCUUAUCAAGAGGGACGACAUUACCUUAGAAACGUCUGGAAUUGGAUUGACAUUUCGUCGCUAGCACUAUUUAUAGCGGGUCACAAUUUGACAAUGACAGCCUAUUGUUCAGAAAGCGGCCGUGUUAUACUUGCCGUUUUCUUCAUUAUGUUUUCGAUUCGGCUUCUUCAAGUAUUCUCCUGCUUAUCACAGAUGGGAUCAUUAUUGAUAAUGAUCGCAAGAAUGUUGGUUGAUACGAUUUACUUUUUAGGCAUUUUAACAGUUGUGGUGAUAUCAUAUGCCGUUUCUUCACGUGCGGUUUUGUACCCAAACUCGACGUUCACAUGGGCAUCUUUAUACACGGCAUUUAGAAAACCAUACUGGCAUUUAUUUGGGGAACUCUUCCUGGAAGAAAUAGACGGUGAUGCUGAAUGCGUGGCUGCAGGGGGAAUGACUAACAGUACCGAAUUCUGUCCGUCUACAAUGGCACACUAUGUUAUGCCCGUGUUGCUUGGAGUGUACAUGUUAAUCGUGCACGUGCUACUCAUGAACCUUCUUAUUGCAAAGUUCUCAUACACUGUUACUAUAGUUCAUGCAGAAACCGAUAUUUACUGGCGUUAUCUGCGGUUUCAGUUAGUCUACGAAUAUUCUAGCCGGACACUGAUUAUUCCACCAAUCAGUUUUAUUUAUCACGUAUAUUUGUUAAUACAGUUUUGCGCGAAAAAUAUGUGUAUGUCUUUAAAAGAAGAAGUUAUGAACGUACUUUCUAGAGACUAUGAUUCAUUCUGUGUCACUAUUCCAUAACGAGUCAAUGCUUAUCUUCAAAAUUGGGAAAAUAAGCGUGCAAAAAAUGUGUGUGAUAUUUCUGACGAUAUUUCUAAUGAUACUAAAUCCUUCCGUCGUGCGCUUGACCAUAGAAAACAAGGUUUAAAUAAGACUUCUUCUAAAACAGAUAGUUUGGAGAGUAUACUGAAAAGCAAUGUGAAAUCGACCAGGAUUGACCUACCCGAUAAUCCCUCGAGACAAACUCGAAAAUAUGUAGCUCCAUGGUGACUUUAUUCAACUUUUGACCUAAACAUAUUACACUCGCAUACUUUUGAAAAACACGGCAAAAAAGCGUCACAUGUUUAAGCUCUUAUGUUCUUACGAAUUAUUUUAUCUAAUCUUUAAAAAGAGUCUAUCAUUUUCACAUGAUUAUGGUGUCAUCAACUUCAGUUUCAAAGUCAACAUGUCAUUUUAAUGUCUGCAGUGUAUGUUGAUAUAUUGGUAUUUAAACAACAUGGCCACAUACAUAUUAUUAAUGUGCGUAAAUAUACAUACCAUGGUGUUUAUAGAAAUAUAAUCCUGUUGCCAGCACUGUUGACUAUCAAAUUUUUAAUCAUGACUGUUAUAGUUCAGUCACUAAUAGACCUGACCGAGUUAUCGGAUCAUUGCCCGAUGACGUUUAGUAUACAUAUUUAUAGCACGAUAUUUGAUAAUAGUUAUGUGCAAAAAAAUAAAUAAAGUAGUUUGGAAUA